AUUGUGUUAUACAUCUUAUGAUGUGUACCUAAUAGUUCAAUUGUAUUCACCUGUAGUCCAAUGCUAUAAUUCAUAAUAAAGAUCUGGUUGUCACUGUAGUGUGUACACUGUUUACUUAGCAAGCAUAGUGAAGCUAUUCCUGGAAUUUCCAUGAAUAAAACUAUAGUAUUUAUAGACGGGCCUUGGUCUAGUGUCUAGCUAUCACAUAACUACUAAAUCCUGCUUUUCUCUUUCUUAAUUAUCCUGUCACUGAGCAUUAAACUGGUUUUCUAAUAAUGGCUGCUGUAGUGGGAAGGACUCAGGUACAGAUAAAGGAUGUAGGUAGAAGAGUCACUAUACCUGGUGAUCCAAUAGCAAAGCUCAUGUACUACUUUGAUUGUGUCUGCAGUUGUGUUGAACCUGAUAGUGACUACACUAUACGUCGCCUCAGAGAUUAUCAGAAUUACUCUCGAUUGACCAGCGAAGAAGAGGCUCAACUCAUAGUUCUCUGUCUUGCUCUCAGCCCUGACAACUUGAUUGGAUCGAUAUUUCAUCCAGUCAAUGACUGUGGAUCACUGCCAAACAAAUUUGUUGAGAUAAGUGCUGUCAAAACUGAUCUUCUUGUGACCGAAUCUCUUCUCAUUGGAGGACAGCAGAAAAAAGUACAAAAAGUCAUGUUUUUUGAGAAGAGGUGGAUGGAGACCAACUUCAUUGAGCCAAUUAAAGCAGUGCAGAGGAGACUUAACCCUCCCCCACGUCGUAGGGAAAGCAGUUCCUGCACUAUACUCUGAGAAUGAACCAUUGAACUAUUGUAUGUGAUGCUACUUUAGUAUAGUAUAUAUAACUAGCUAUAUUGCAUUUAGUUAGUAUUGUGUCAUCCCUGCUAUAAUUAUAAUAUUUUAGCUUUGUAUGUAGUUGUUUACUAGUAUUGCUAGUCAGACUGUUCCCCAGCCUACAGUCAUUCUGUAGGCUGGGGAAUGGGGACUAGUUGUUUACAGGAACAAUUACUUGUAGUAGUGUUGGCUUGAUAUUGUAUAGCUGAAGCUCAUGUGCCAAUUGUUUAUUGUUAUAAAGCCUUAUAGAUUUUCUUAGUAUUAUUUCAAAUGC